GCAGUCGACUUGUUACCGACAGUACGUCGAACUGAUAAAAUCAAUCGCUGCCAGCAAAUACCUCAACAAUGUCCUAAAAUUCGGUAAUUUCGGCUCCAAAAAAUAAAUUGGCAAACUCCCCCUCAAAACAACCCCCAAAAAAUCCCUCCACCCAAGUACUUAAAUCAACAAUUAAACAAAAUAAAAAACAGUGAUGCAGUGAUAAAAUCCUUUCAACUCGUGACUUCAAAGUGCUGAUGUAACUUCCAGAAAAAUCCUUAAAUCAUCAAAAAUAAUUAUAACAGACAGAAAAACAUUCCCAAAACGUGACAUGACAGUUGCAACAAUUCAUGCAAACUAACAACCUCAGCAAUUAAUUGAAAAUUCAAUUAUUGGAGGUUAGACUAUCAAGAGUUCCAUUGGAGAUUGUUGGAGACUGUUGGAGACUGUUGGUGACUCUGAUGGACUUGAGUCGAGAAAAAAUAUUUAUAAUUUAUUUUAUUUGAUUCCUCGAUGUCUGAGGAUUGAUCUGGAUGCUGUAGUUAAUUAGGAUUAUUAAUUUUCUGGAGGAAGACGAUCGUCUUGAAGUAAAGAUGAGUAAUAUACUAGUUCAACGUCUCAGCAAUCGAAAAUUGCUGGUGGAUUUGCUGGCAGUGAUGUUUGGAAUUGGCGCCUGGAUCGGUGUCAAUGGUAUUUAUGUACAACUGCCAUUAUUAGUUAAUACAGCACCUGAAAAAUGGAGUUUACCUGCUCACAUGGUGAUGCUGGUACAAGUGGCUAAUCUGGGUCCUAUCCUCUACACAGUGUUCAUCAAUUCCAGAUUCUCAUCCUGGACCCGAGACAACUACAUAAUUUACGGUCUCCUGGGUACAGCAACAGUUGCAAUUUACCUGAUGUCCCUGACAUACAAAGAGACAACAAUAAUCUUCAACUCAGAGCACUCGACAGCUCUCCUGUGCCUGAUGUUCCUGACAGCAGUGGUAGGCUGCACAUCGUCAGUCCUAUUCAUGCCUUACAUGCGAAAUUACCGAGAGAUCUAUUUAGUUUCUUACUUAGUGGGCGAAGGUCUGAGUGGUUUUAUCCCAAGUGCAGUAGCCCUGAUCCAAGGAGUGGGUGGCAAUCCAGAGUGUCGAAACACAACGCAAAAGGACUCCCCACACCACACAUUCGAGCCAUUCUACCCAGAGCCAAGACUGUCCCUCGAGUUGUUCUUCGUCUUCGUGGGAACGAUGCUGGCAAUUAGUCUGGUGUCCUUCAUUGGUCUCAACAGGCUUCCAGUGGCGCGUGGUGAAAUUGUAAAACCUCCAGGAAGUACAGAGACACUGCCAACGGAUACCAAUGCACCUCCAAGCUACAAGACAACUGCUGGGUGGGCAAUGUCCAGGAGGACUUACUGCUAUCUCCUGACCAUUAUGGCAGUUUUAUGCUUUCUGGGGCAUGCAACACUCCCUGGAAUUCAGUCGUACUCUUGUCUGCCUUAUGGAAAUGUUGCGUAUCAUUUGACUGUCACUCUGGCCUCGAUGGCCACUCCGUUAUCGAUGGCCAUUGGCUUCAUUCAGAGGAAACCCCUGUCUCUCAAGACCCUCACCAUUCUCACUGGAGGCAUUUUAAUUCUCUCGUCGAUGGUGCUGUAUGUUGCUCUGCAAUCCCCUUCACCACCUUUGCAGAAAUCCUGGAGUGGAGAGUACUUGAUUGUUAUCCUCUGGAUACUCGUCAAUGGACUCAUUGGAUUCGUCAAGAUGGCCAUUACCACCAUCUUCAGGCCUGAUCCUGGAAGGGGACUCUAUUACAUUGGAGUCGCCACUCAAGUUGGAUCACUUGUUGGAGCUGUUAUGACUUUUGGAUUGGUUAAUUAUGCUGGUGUUUUCAAGUCCUAUUCACCCUGUGACGCGUUGAUUAAGCAUUAGAAAUUCAUUUUAUCGUCGAAGUGGUGAUUUUUGGGGGUACUGCCAGGAGAAGUUCAGAAUUCAAGGAGUGACGGAUAAAUGAGUCAAGAUUAUGUGGUAAAUAUCUUCGAUACCACAGCAUUUUUUUGUGAUUUUUAGAAAUGAUUGUUUUUUGAAAAAUCAGUGGCAACGAGAGAUCUAAUUUGUGAUGGAUGUACAUUUUUUUUCAUUUUAAUCACCGAAUGAAUUUGUAAGUAGACAAUUGAAAUUGUAUCGGCGCAAUCUUGAAAAACUGGCGUAUGUUGUUGUUUUAGGAAAUUUUAUAAAUAAAAAAUUGUAAUUAUUUGUUAAAA